ACGAAAAUCGACGAGCAAAAUCGCCCGAAUAGGGAGAGAGAAAUAUUCCAAAAUCCAAUCGCUAGGGUUGCGUUUCGUCUCGUCUCCUCUGCGUCUUCGUCCCCAAUUUGCGGAAAUGGAGGGAGCCAGCAAUGGAGGGAUGCUGUACCACGAGGUGCAGGAGUCGAAGCUGUGCGCGGUGCACUGCGUCAACACCGUCCUGCAGGGCCCCUUCUUCUCCGAGUUCGAUUUGGCCGCCCUCGCCUCCGAUCUCGACCGCAAGGAGCGCCAGAUGAUGAUGCCGCAGGGCGCCGCCGGGGGCGGCGAUUUCCUCUCCCAGGAGUCCCACAACGUCUCACUGGACGGCGAUUUCAGUAUCCAGGUUUUAGAAAAGGCUUUAGAGGUGUUUGACCUGCUGGUCAUCCCCCUGAACUCACCGGUCGCCGAACCGGCGCAGAUAGAUCCGGAGCUGGAAAAUGCCUUCAUAUGCCAUUUGCAGGACCACUGGUUCUGCAUUAGGAAAGUGAAUGGAGAGUGGUAUAACUUCGACAGCCUAUAUGCUGCACCACAGCAUCUCUCCAAGUUCUAUCUCUCUGCCUAUUUGGACUCACUCAAAGGCUUUGGGUGGAGUAUUUUCCUGGUGAGGGGGAAUUUCCCGAGAGAAUUCCCAAUUUCAUCAUCCGAAGCCCCCAGUGGUUAUGGCCAGUGGCUAUCCCCUGAAGAUGCCGAGAGAAUCAUAAAAUCUUGCAAUACAACGCAACCUCCUCCUCAAAGAAUCGAUCAAACUGAUCAAACCCUUUCUGAUAUGGAAGAUGAGGACUUGAAGGCUGCAAUAGCUGCCAGCCUGAUGGAUACCACCGUGACCCCUCAAGCAAGCGAAGCUGCAACCAGUCAAGCCAAGAAUGAAACAAGCGAAGCUGCAACCGAAGCUGCAACCAGUCAAGCCAAGAAGGAAACAAGCGAAGCUGCAACCAGUCAAGCCAAGAAUGAAACAAGCGAAGCUGCAACCAGUCAAGCCGAGAAGGAAACAAGAUAGAACGUAAUAUUGUUUUGACUUUCUAAUUUUUUUUGGAAGGAACUGCGAAAUUUGAGGAUGUAGAAUCGAUAAAUUGCAUUCACUGAGGCUCAAAGUUCAUCACAAUUGUGCAAAUAAUCUAUCGCAGCUCCUGAUAGUGAAUGCCUUUCUUACGUA